UUAUUUUAUUUGUGUGUCUGCCCCUAGGAUGUCUGACGGUUGGUGACCCCUGGUUUAUAUUAACAAAGAUGGUCUGUAAACACUGUAGACGACUGCUAUAGUCAUGAUGUCUGUGUGUGUAUAAAAUUAAGGUUUUUUUUAAUCAACUCUUUCCUGUGCUAAUGUUGUUUCUACUUUUUAAUCUAGACAUGUUCUUCUUGACUUUUCUACUUGCUUCAGUCUACCCUGUGUGUGUAUAACUCCACAGCUGUAUGAAGGUGGUUAGUUUGACUGUGUAAUCAGUGACCUCAGCUGUGCACCGUGACACCUGUGAGGCCCACUGCUGAUGAGGUGUGUGUGUGUGUGUGUGUUCUGAGCUCACACUCUGUACUACUUCUGCAGUGUCAACAACCACCUCUGUCCUGAAGAUCUGUGUGUGUCCACUCUCUGGACUCCAUUGUAUCCCAUCAAGCAUUGGUCAGCCAUGGGUGACAGCGGCCACCUCCCAACGUUGGGCUGCGUCCAAAUGAAUACCAGCCAUGACCUCGGCCACGACCCCUUCUUCGGAAGGCUCCUCCCCACAGAAGGUAUGCCACUCGCAGACCCAGACAGACAUCACCAAGCCCCUGCUGGGCUCCCCAGUCGGUGCAGGUGGACAAGAUGGAGGUGCUGCGGGUCCAAAUGUCCUGAGGAGGCGCCGUGUCCUGUCCAAAGAUGGACACAGCAACGUCCGCCUGGAGCACAUUACAGGAAGAGGCUCUCUGUACCUCCGUGACCUCUGGACGACCUUCCUGGACAUGCAGUGGCGCUACAAGUUCUUCUUCUUCUCUGCAACCUUCGCCGGGACCUGGUUCCUGUUUGGAGUGCUCUGGUACCUGGUCGCCCUGGUCCAUGGUGACCUAAUUGAGUUUGACCCCCCUGCCAACCACACACCCUGUGUGAUGGAGGUGAAGACCCUGACCGGGGCCUUCCUCUUCUCCCUGGAGUCUCAGACCACCAUUGGCUAUGGUUUCCGCUGCAUCACAGAGGAGUGUCCAGCCGCCAUCGUGUUGCUCAUCGUGCAACUGGUCAUCACGAUGGUCAUGGAGAUCUUCAUCACCGGCACUUUCCUCGCAAAGGUUGCUCGGCCUAAAAAAAGGGGUGAGACGGUAAAGUUCAGUCAACAUGCUGUGGUGUCAACCCACGAAGGUCAACCCUGCCUCAUGAUCCGAGUCGCCAACAUGCGGAAAAGCCUGUUGUUGGGAUGUCAGGUGACAGGAAAGCUGCUGCAGACGUCUCUGACCAAGGAAGGGGAGACAGUGCGGUUGGACCAGCGUAACGUGCCGUUUCAGGUGGACACGUCCACUGACAGCCCUUUCCUUAUCAUCCCUCUGACCUUCUACCACAUCAUCAAUGACACCAGCCCUCUACGAGCCUGGGCAGCCAAAGGCGGCAGCUGGACAGAUCCAGAACUGUCCGACUUUGAGCUUCUGGUGAUCCUGAGUGCCACUGUGGAGCCUACGUCAGCCACCUGCCAGGUUCGCACCUCCUACCUUCCAGACGAGAUCCUAUGGGGCUACGAGUUCUUCCCUGUCGUCUCCCUCUGCCCCUCAGGGAAAUAUGUGGCCGACUUUGCCUUUUUUGACAAAGUGGGAAAAACCAAAUCGCCACUGGUCUUUACGCAGGCGCUGCCACCAAGUGGCCCACCAAAGGAUACUGCUUUUCCUAGCAGUAAGAAGGAGGAGGGAGCUGACCUUGAGAAGAAAAGACUGGAAGAGAGCUACAGGGGGGAAGAGAGAGGUCGAGAGAGGGGGCGCAUCAGAGACAGCAGCCCACUGAGUGUUCGCAUCAGUAACGUCUGAAAUGAAGGAGGCAGUCACGGAAAAGUUGAUAUGAAACUGAGAUGAAGAAAAGACAGAGACUACAAACGAAAUCUUGCUGCUCCACAGAAGAAUGGUCUUUGAAGUACUUGUGAUUUUUCAUUUUCCACAGCCUACAUGUAUUCAAAUUGUGGGUCACAUGGCAGGAAAUGAGAAAUCUACUUCUACAGCUAAACUCAAAUCAGUGAAGGAAAGAAAAUGAACGCAGCCGGGGUGAAAUGGUUACAGGUUACAGAUCAUACAUGUACCAAUGUCCAGCAGAGUAUCAUCUGCAUAGGUACUGACUUCAAAAUUGUAUCCACACAGAAAUUACUUGAGGUAAGUGUCACUGAAGAAAACACUGGACUUUAUGGACUAUGUUUCCAGUCCAAAAGUCAAGUUCAGGAAUCAAGUGUUUGUUGAUUCGGAAAAGAAGAAUGAAACCAAGUUUUGGAUUACAUCUUUAGGACAAAACAUUUUUUAGAAAUGUCUAACAAUAAUGCACACAAUGGCCUGAACACUAGCUUAAAGGUGUCUUCUGGUGUACAAACCCUCAAAAAACUGCCCACACAAUUGGCAACUAAAGAAAGUGUGAACUUGUUGCUACCCCAAAAUCUACCUAGGACAUGACAUUUUUACUAACUUGUGUUUGUUAGUGGAACUGCUGUUCGUCAGUCCAAAAUUAUUUCUGUACUUGUAUCAUUUUCAUUUGCUUUCAAAAGUAGUUUCGUUGGGCAACCUCAAACCCUCUCCACCAGCAGGUUAGAAAUGCAGGUGGAGCUCCUCCCGUUGUUUCCCAGUAUAUCUCUUUUUUUAAUUAACCUUGCCAGUCCAACCUCACUGUACUUUGUAAAAGUGAAUAAUUCUGGCAUUACCUGCCACUUGUGAAAGGAGAUUUUAAUGAAGAUCCAGUGAAAUAAUUUUUUAUUUCAGAUUUAGGCUCUGUUGGCUAGCACUGGUACUGCACUGUCUGCAGAUCUGGCUAAAUUGACGGGCCUGCUUUAGAUCGAAGCCCUGCUGGCCAUUAGUGGUAAAGCAGUGGAACUGCAUUGGUCUGUGCCUUUGAAGGGAUAUCUGAGUUCUUAAAUCUUGCAGUGAAGAUUACGUCACUGGCUUACAGUACUGUUUUGAUUUCUUUUAUAAACACAUGCUACAAUGGGAAUGUUGUUGUUAAUGUGAUGAUCAUGAACACGUAGUAGUUUUCUAAUGGCGUUUUUAAUGGCAUUUAUUACCAGCACUCUUACCAUACGAGGUAAAUGUGUAAUUAUAUUACUAAAAGCACUUUAACUUUGAAUAUGAGUAACUAAACUAACUCCAAUGUUAGAUUCUUAUUGCACUGUGUCAAGUAUCUUCUGCUAAACACACUGUUAGCUCUGUCGUUACUCCAAAGUAAACAUUUUAUUACUGCACAGACUCUGCUAAUCUGUGCAAAAUCUGCUUUAUUUUAGGGAGAGAUCAGAACAUGGUGAUGUCCGAUAAACCAAUAGUACUGGAUAUUAUUUCAGGAUAUACCUAAUGUCACCAGGUCACCAAAAGACAUUAGCACCAAAACUGGUAAAAACCAGUGGGAAGUUUAGAAUUUCUAUCAUUAGCACUUUUUAAUGUUGAUUGACAAUGUAUUUUGUAGCCCAAAAAAGUUUUAAUGUAACAUUUAAUAACAAUAAUAUAUUGUCACUAAUACUGGUGUAGUAUCUUGAAAGUAAAUAAAAGUGACCUGCUGUUCAAU